CUCCCUAGACCUCAUUAUCCCCAUUGCCCGCUCCCCUUAGCUCUGGGCCCAGCAUCCUGGCCCCCGGCCCAUGACUGCCCUGUGGGCAUGUGUCCUCCCUGGAGGUGUCACCCUUGCCCCUCACCCAGAGGAGACCGGGAAGCUGGGGAGACCAGGCCCUUCCGAGGUGAAUCCGGGCCUGGCGGACAGCCCAUGGGGCCAAGAGAAGGGGAGAAGGAUCAGCAGGACCCCAGAUCCACUCCUGUAGGGGCUGGCUCCUGUCCGAACGUCCCCUCCGGCUUCACUCUCAAAAUCCCCAGGACUGAAGCCUUAGCUGGCUUUCAUAUCCUGCUCCCUCCACCUCCUCCUGGGGGGACAGCAGAGGACACUGAGGCCACCCCCACUCCAACCGGGGGUUUCUCCCCCACGCUCUGCCCUGAUGGCCCCCCACCCAUCCCAGAAUCCUCAGGCUAUGCCCAGAGCCCAGAGUGUCCCCCUCAGGUCUCGGCUCCCUCAGACCUGGAAUACCCCAUGACAGGAUCUGGGCAGGGCCUGUGGAUCCGGGGAGCCUCAGGGAGGUCAGACACCCCUAGACACUGGCUGCGGCCCUGGGGAGUCAGGUUCCCACGCCUGAGGCAUAGAGACUGACUCCGGCCCUGGAAGCAGGCAGGGGAGGGCGUUCUCAGUCCCGAGACGCUGGCCUCCCUCCCAGGCCCUCCUCCCCUGCCUGGGCCAGCCCAGGACACGUGCACGUGGGAGUCCACCCAGGCCAGAGACAGAUGGCCAAGGAGGUGGGCCCACCACCAGAGCACAUUCAUCAGCUGAGCCAUCUGCGGCCCACCACCCCACUUUCAUAAGCAGGAGCAGCUUGGGGGAGCAGUCCAAGCCCCAAUGACUCAGCCUCGUUGGGCCCUCGGCUUACAGCCCAGCCACCACGCGAUGAGCCACGUUCCCUGGACCGAGUGGCUGCUGCACUGUCCUAAAUACAAAUAAAAUACCAUGUCAGGAGCCCACAAGGACCUCAGUGUCUCCCCUGGAGGUGGCGGCCUCCUGGAGAGCCAUUCCAGGCAGGCCUGCAGCGCCCAUGUCGCCCGUAGGGGGAGCAGUGGGUCCCUAACCUGUGCCAACCCCAGCAGGGGGCGCUGACAGACCUCCUGCCCACAGUUCCGUCUCCGACCUGAAUUCCAAGUGUCCCAUGGAAGUUGCCAUAAUCGUUGUCACAACGACUUCCCCACUCCCACUGUCAUAGUCACCACCUCUGUCAUCCCCACCACUACCACCACCCUCACCAUCCCCACU